UUUCCACCCACGCCACUCGGAAAUCAGUCACAAAGUACCCAUACUAAGAGCAGAAUCAGAGAACUCGUCAGUUAUCUUCGUUAGGCUUUACCUGUCGAUUGGGAUAUUGUUUGUGCUUAAUAUAUUUUUCAUUCAGGAAUACAUCUACUCUGUUCAUUGCCAUUGGUUUAAUUGUGUUUUGAUCGAUUGGAAAUAAAGACUGCUGACGUAUUCUUCUGCUUCUUUUGUCAACUGAAUAUUUGAAGGAUAACGACAGCCAUAAAUAUGGGAAUGAAUCACACCUCGAAUCACACCACAAAUUCAACGACUGGUCAUAAAAUGCAUCCAAUGUCUGGUAAUCACUCUAAUGGCCAGAUGGGCCAUAUGGGCCACAUGGGCCAGAUGGGCCAUAAUAUGGCGAUGGCUUUCGAGUUCAGCCAAUCAGCAACAAUCCUUUUUAAAGAUUGGGAUAUUGACUCCACUGGAGGAAUGGUGUGGUCAUGUAUCGUGGUGUUCCUUAUGGCCAUCUUUUAUGAAGGUUUCAAAGUUUUCCGUGAAGUCUUGAGAGAAAAAUACGGAAAACCCAAAUCUUACAACGUGUCUAGCAAUGGACACGGCGCGGCUGGCAAGGGACCUUAUGAUACAUCUGUGUAUGGGGGCGGGAACCGCUUCUGCAACUGGCAUCAUUUCCUCCAAUCUUUUCUGCACAUCAUCCAAGUGGCGAUUAGUUAUUUUCUUAUGUUGAUCGCGAUGACUUUCAAUGCAUGGCUUUUUAUAGCUGUGUGUCUUGGAGCUGGUUUUGGUUACUUUUUGUUCAGUUGGAGAAUUUCAAAGUCGUAUGAUGUCAAUGAACACUGCCAUUAAUUGUCCUCGGUAGCGAAUACUUUUUCACCCCAAGGCGCCACCUUUUAAUCUAAUUUAAUAAUUUGCCGUUUUCUAACACCAUACUAAGAUAUUCGCAUUCACUCGCAUUGAUUAUCAGUAGCUUAAUAUAAUUAUUAUAAUAAUCAUGAUGUAAUAAUUCAAUCUUAAUGCUCGCUUGUUAAACCUGGAUCCGUACAUUUGUUCAUCAGUCGAAUUUUAAAAUUGGAGGCACCAUCUUUGCCUUGGGACGCCAGACCAGUUCAGUGAUUGGCUAAAUGUAUUACAGGGGCCGGUUGUAUGAAAGCCGGAUAGUGAUUUUUUCAACCUUUCUAAAAAUGCUUGAAAAGCAAUGAAAUUUCAGCAUUGGAACCAAAAAUUAUUAAAGACGAUCCCGGAUAUAGGAAUAAAAAGAUUUAAUCAAAAUUAUACCAAAAACGGGCGAUUUUGAAGCGAUUGAAAAAACCACUAUCCGCUGGAUAGCGGCUUUCAUACAACCGGCCCCAGAUCUGUAUGUACACAAACAUGUAUAUACACGAUAAGUACAAAAAACAGGACUAGUCACUACCUGUGUUAGUACCAUAUCGAUGUUCCAGAUGCAUUGCGCAAUAGUUAAUAAGAGUAAACUGGUUAAGCUUAUAUAUAGUCUGCGAGCAGGCUAAUGGCAGGCCUACAAUGCAGAAUUCCAAGAACAACAUAUUUGCAUCCAUAAAUACAUGUAGUUUUUUAAAAUCACAUCUAUAGAUAUACAAUAUCUGGCUAAAUAUAAACCAAGAAUAUAAACCAAGAAUAUUAACCAAACAUAAAAGAAUGUACACGGCGAAUGUACCGUAAUAACUUUAGGAUAUAAAUAGUAUAAAUAAAAUUUUUAAUAUACUCUUAAGGUUGGCAUAAAAAAAUAUAUAUUUAC